AUGGGGUCCGCGCUUUUGGAGCGCUUCGCCCCGCGCCUGGGGCUAACCGACCCGCUGGUGCUGAGGAAAGCAGAGGAGUACUUACGACUGUCGCAGGUGAAGUGUGCUGGCCUGUCUGCUCGCACCACCGAGACCAGCAACGCGGUCAUGUGCCUGGACCUCGCGGCUUCCUGCAUGAAGUACCCGCUGGACAGGGCUUAUUUAAUUAAACUUUCUGGUUUGAAUAAGAAGAUGUAUCAGAGCUGUCUUAAGUCUUUUGAGUGUUUACUGGGCCUGAAUUCAAAUGUUGGAAUCAGAGACCUCGCAGUACAGUUUAGCUGUACAGAAGCGGUGAACAUGGCUUCAAAGAUCCUGCAGAGCUAUGAAUCCAGUCUUCCCCAGACACAGCAAGUGGAGCUUGACUUGUCCAGGCCGCUUUUCACCACCGCUGCUGUACUCUCGGCAUGCAAGAUUCUAAAGCUAAAAGUGGAUAAGAACAAAAUGGUAGCCGCAUCCGGUGUGAAAAAAGCCAUAUUUGAUAGACUCUGUAAGCAGCUGGAGAAGAUCGGGCAGCAGAUUGACAGAGAACCUGGAGAUUUACCUACUCCACCACCGAAAAAACAGAAAACAAUGUUGCCAGCAAAGACAACAGAGAAGAUGGUAGAGGCCUCACACAGACCACAGCCAUGUGACGAUCUGACACAGGAUUAUGAAGAAUGGAGAAGGAAGAUUUUGGAAAAUGCUGCCAUUGCUCAAAAGGCUGUAACAGAGUGAGUUGUGUCCAGACUGACCUGUGCUGCCUCCAGGAAGAUGUAAGGACUUGGGAGUUUGUUUGACCCUAAGAUGAUUGCCUUGAAGCAGAGAAGCGAACCCUAGGGCUGAGGUCCGCGCGGUGGGCGGACCCUUAGCGUGAUGAGGACUGGAUAAGGCGUGAGUCCUCGCAUGGCCCUUUCUCCCCCAGCUCUGUGAAAAAAUUGGAACCAUUUUGCUUUGUUUUUUGGAUUUUAUUUUGUUUUGUUUUCAAAGCAAAAGGCAGUGUCCUGUCCUGUCUGCGGCGAAAAAUGCAUUCAGUUAGGUCUACAGUAAGCUUUCCGAUUUGACUAAAUUGAUGUGUUGUACAGACUAAGUUAAUAAAUAUUACUUU